UCAACCGUCCUUGACAUCUGACCUUUCUUACCGAAUGGUGACUGGAAACGAAGAACCGUGUCGCAGGGUUUUGAGGUCAAGUCGCGUCAUAUCUGAGACACUCGUGCUCCAUUCAUUCGCAGAAGUUCCCUCAUAACCUCUCUCGUGUGUCGAAGGCCAGUUUAAUCCAUAUGCCGAUCAAAAACCUGUCACAGGACCCACUGGAAACUGAAACAAAAUGAGGAACUUAACUGGUCUUCUUCGAGGGGCCCGUCUCCUUGGUAGCCGAGCAACCAGACAGAGUCCCAGACAUAGCAUACCAGCAUGUCUAUCCCAACUAUCUACCACCAGUCACCAAAGGCAACAAGAGAAAUGUACAAAACGAGAGUUCAUUCAAGAAACCAUAAAGAGUGUCUCUCAUCGCAAGAGCAAUAUGAAGAAGGCUAAGUUGGUGAUUUUCGACAAAGAUGGGACUCUGAUCUGCUUUCAUACCAUGUGGACACCAUGGGCCAAACGCCUGGCAUCAAAUAUUGCAAACGCCAGUGGGCUUGACAUUGAGGAGAAGAUAUUUGAUACCCUUGGCUUCUGCCACAAGUCAAACCGAGUUCUACCUGGCCUCCUUGCGGAGAAAACCACGCCAGAGAUAGUCGAGGAAUUGGAGAAGGUGCUUGUAGGAGAAGGCCUGUCUCCUGAGAGAUCCAUGGAAGUCAUCAAGGGAAGUUGGCUGGAGGGAGAUGCAGGGAACCCUGAUGUCCUGAGGACAACCACUGAUCUGAGAACCUUGUUCAGGAUCCUUCGGGGCAAUGGGAUGAAGAUUGCCAUCUGCACAUCAGAUAACCGUGCAGGCACAAUAAACACCCUCAGUCAACUGGGUCUCAACAACUAUGUUGAUUGUGUUGUCUGUGGAGACGACCCCAACAUGCUGCCCAAGCCCAACCCCCACAAUGCCUGGAAGAUCUGUGAGGCAGUUGGUGUUGAUCCAUCAGACACAGUAAUGGUCGGGGACACAGUUGCAGAUGUUGGUAUGGGAAGAAAUGCCAACCUGGGCUGGAGUGUGGGCGUGUUGAGUGGAGUAUGUGGCACCGAAGAACUCCUGGCUCUGUCAGACCAUGUGGUGAAGAACGUGAAGGAUCUCCUGCCUCUCAUCCUGCCAUAUGACAAGUGGAAGGAGUACUAUGCCUACUCUGCCAAUGAUCGCAUUCUGAUUGAGCCGCACUCCUUGGAAGAAGCAUGCAGAGAUGUGAGUGACCGCAUGGUGGACAAGAAGAAGAUGGAUCUGGUCAUCUUUGACAUUCAUGGUACCCUGCUGUGUACACAUAGUCGACACACAGAAUGGCUUGAGAGGUUAACAGAAAGGCUUGAACAAAUCACGGGCAUGAAGCUGGCCAAUAAGGUGUUUGAUGUGAUGGGAGCAUGCCAAAGUUCCAGGAAAAUCCAGAGUGGCAUCCUUGCCGAAGGCUCUAUGCAUGAGGUGAAAUCUGCUGUCGUCAAAUUGCUCACAUCAGAAGGCUUCUACUAUGAAGAAGCCAUCCUUAUCAUGAAUCAAGCUUGGCAGGACAGUGAGGUCAUCUUAAAUACUAAACCGAAAUCACUUGACAAAGAUGUGAAAGAAGUCUUUAAGAACCUCAAGUUAUCUGGUGUGAAGAUUGCUAUUUGCACUGGGUCAACUCGGGAAACCUCCAUACGUGAUCUUAUGGGACUCGACGUGCUCAAUUAUGUCGACAUGAUGGUUUGUGGGGAUGACCCCCAUAGUCAGCCCAAACCAUCCGCACACAACCUCAAACUUAUCUGUGACGAGCUGAAGGUGGAUCCCUCUGCUGUGUGUGUGGUAGGUGAUACAGUGUCAGAUCUACAUAUGGGAUCUUCAGCUAAUGUUGCCUCGAAGAUCGGAGUCUUGUCAGGAGUUGGAUCACAUUCUGAACUGAAACCUCAUGCUGACCUGUUGGUUGAUGUGGUGAGUGAGAUCCUGCCCCACGUUGUGUCCAGUGGAGUCUCUGGAGUGAAGGGGUCUGGAGGUUCCACCGGCAGGAGACUCUUUAGUACCUCGGCAAACAAUUCACCUUUCAUCCAGAUCAGGAGAAAUCUGAGUAGGGUUGCUGCCCUGAGGCUAAAAGCUUCAGAAGACAAACCCGCAACCUAUGACUAUGUCAUUGUUGGUGCAGGGUCUGCUGGCUGUGUUUUAGCCAACAGACUCAGUAAAGAUCCUGAAAACAGAGUCCUUCUGUUAGAAGCUGGACCAAAGGAUGACACUUGGAAAAUACAUAUGCCAGCAGCUUUAAUGUAUAACCUCUGUGAUGAUCAGUAUAACUGGUACUACAUGACAGAGCCAGAGAAGUGCAUGAACAACAGAGUCAUGUACUGGCCAAGAGGCAGAGUAUGGGGUGGAUCAUCCUCACUCAAUGCCAUGGUCUAUAUAAGAGGACAUGCCUACGACUACGACCGUUGGGAGAGGGAGGGAGCAGCUGGGUGGUCCUAUGCUGAUUGUCUCCCAUACUUCCGCAGAUCACAAACACAUGAACUAGGACCUGAUGACUACCGAGGAGGAGAUGGACCGCUACAUGUGUCAAGAGGGAAAACCAAUAACCCUCUGUUCCAAGCUUUCAUUGAUGCCGGAGUUCAGGCAGGGUACCCAUUCACAGAUGACUUGAAUGGUUUUCAGCAGGAAGGGGUUGGAUUGAUGGAUAUGACGAUUCAUAAAGGUAAGAGAUGGAGCGCAGCUUCUGCAUAUCUCAGACCAGCUCUAUACAGGGACAAUCUGUACACUGAGACAGGGGCAUUGACAACGAAGAUUGUUUUUGACAAUAACAGAGCAGUUGGUCUGGAGUACAAACAAGGAGGGGUCAUGAAAGAAGUGAGAGCUGACAAGGAAGUCAUCCUCAGUGGAGGAGCUAUCAACUCACCACAGCUGUUGAUGAUGUCAGGGAUUGGCAAUGCUGAUGACCUCAGGAAACUGGACAUUCCAGUUGUAGCAAAUCUGCCAGGAGUUGGGGAAAAUCUUCAGGACCAUCUUGAGGUAUAUGUACAGCAGGAGUGUACAAAGAAGAUCACCUUGUACUCGGCACAAUGGAAGUUUCCACACAACAUGAUCAGGAUAGGUUUGCAGUGGUUUACCACAAACACUGGGGAUGGAGCAACAGCUCAUCUGGAAGCUGGUGGAUUUAUCCGCACUCGACCAGGGAUUGACCAUCCAGAUAUUCAGUAUCACUUCCUGCCUUCAACUGUCAAUGACCAUGGUAGAAAGACUGGACCUUGCCAUGCCUACCAAGCUCAUGUGGGGACUUUGAGACCAACCAGUAGAGGCUUCAUAAAACUGAAAUCCAGAGAUCCAGCACAGCACCCAAGGAUUGUUGCUAACUACUUGAGCACUCAUGAAGACAUUGUUGAUAUGAGAAACAGUGUAAAACUGACAAGGGAAAUCUUUGCCCAGAAGGCAUUUGAUGAGUUCCGAGGUCUGGAAAUAGCUCCUGGAUAUAAUAUUACAAGUGACAAAGAUAUUGAUGAAUUGAAUCGUAACAUGGCAGACAGUGCAUACCAUCCUUCCUGCACAUGUAAGAUGGGUUCGCCAAGUGACCCAAUGGCUGUUGUUGAUCCUUCGGCUAAAGUGAUUGGUGUUGAUGGGCUCAGGGUUGUCGAUGCCUCAAUAAUGCCAAGUGUGGUUAGUGGUAAUCUUAAUGGCCCGACAAUCAUGAUUUCUGAGAAGUGUGCAGACAUUAUCCUUGGGCAAAAGCCCUUACCUAAGUCCACAGCUCCUGUGUAUAGACCGAAGACCUUGGAAAGCCAACGGUAAUCUUGACUGUUGGCAGUGAGCUGCUAAGUGACAAUAUUGUGUGACAACUUAAUCAAGUGUAUGCCAUAUUGGCCUUGUUGUACUGCAGGGUACCCGGAGAGCUAUUACAGCACCCAAAUAUAUCUAAUUAUCUUUGACUUUGUUUGUUGAGCGUAUAUAGUUUUCUAUAUAUACAAGCCACUGUUUUGACUGCUGUUUGUUUGAGAAUGAUAGACAAGGGUCAUAGUUUCAGGUAACAUUUCUAAGAAUUUCAUUUUUCUUUUAAGAGGCAAUUUUCUGUCUACACAUUUAUUCUGAAGUGUUCUGUUUUGGAAACCUGAUGUUCUUUAGUAAUUGUGAAGAUUCUGAGACAUGGAAUGUAUCGAAUGCAUACAUGAAUAAAACAAGGUUGCAUAUUGUCGAAACAUGAACUGUCUAUCAAGUUAGUUUCCCUUGAAAUUAAGUCAAUUAUUACUGGCUGCUGUUUAAUCAUGGUUAUGACACAUGAUUUGUUUUUCUUUCUUUCUUUGUUCACUAUGAUCUCGCCACCAUAGGUGGAUCUUUCUUAGGUUACCGGUGUUCCCAUAUUGUCUGGUGAAGGCAUUUUUGUAGUGAAUCUCAAUGGCUCACACAAACACAGCACACGCCCAUGUUACACCUUGAGGUACCGACACAUAUAGUAGACAGAUUCCUUCCUUUGAUAUCACCAGUGUCAAGGUGUAGAAGUUUGUCAGUUCACUUUGUGUUGAACAUGUUAAAUGUGAAGUUAGAGCUUCCACUGACACUGUUAUGACUUUUGUUAUUAUUAUUACCGGUAUUAUUAUUAUACAGAUUUUGUUAUAUUCCUCUCAAGGAUAGUAUGGAUUCCCAGUACUGUAAGAGUUCAGUGAGCAUGGAGUGGUUGAAAGUGUGAUUGAUGUCAUCAUGCUGGAAUAUGUGUAAACUGUAUAGGUGCCUAUCAACCACUUGUAUGUUUUGUGCAUUAUUUCUAAUCUUCUGUGAUAUAGUCAUAAUUUCACUGACUCACUCAAUCCCCUAGAAAAUAGGGACCAAAUGUUUACAUGUCAAUCUUGUCAAAUGACAUUUCAAGAAAGAUAAUGACAGAUUUGUAACAAAUGUUUGACAUUAUCAAUAUUAGUGAGAUCUUAUCACAUAGGGUGUUCUUUGCUAGACCUCUGUGGCCAUAUUUAGAUCUCAUAUCAACAGGUUCAGGGUGAUAUAAUCAGAAAAUCACUUUUGCUUGUUUUGCUGAUAGUUUCAAAGAAACAUUAAUGAUUUAUUUUUCAGUAAUAAUAAAACAUGCAAACCCUU